CGCGCGACUCAGAUCUGGUGGCGCUGCUUCGGCCGGGAGUGGGUGGGGGAGAAGCCGGCUGGCAGGGGAGGAGCCGCCGUAGCUGUCGGAGCCGUGAUAGCCAGGCAGCCUGUCUCAGAAGCCACAAGGAAUGCUAGUGAAGAACCUCACCCUCCUCCCAGCUUCUCAUCCAGGCACCCCAUGCAUGAGCCUUGAUCCAGAAAGCCACUUCAGGAAGGUUGCCGGGUAGCCAGGGGAGGCCUGUUGUUGGGAGGUGUGACAGCAGAGCAGUUAGGUUUCGUGCCAUGUGUCUUGAGUAACUUUCUGCUCUUACUAGCUGUACCCCUUUUGCUCUCUCCCUGUGUACUAAAUCGCAGUAGACAGUCAUUUCAAGGGCACAGCAAGCUUUACUACGAUGUGAGGGACUCUUGGGCAUUACAGACUAUACAGGUGAGGACAGCCAUAUGAGGAAAUGUGAACCACAGUCUGAAGCACUGCCUGCUGCCUGCUGCCUGCUGCCUUCUCCCAUCUCUUGCGCCACCAAGGACUCCUCUCCUCUUCAUUCUGCCGCUGGUGAUCGUUUGCCUUCAUCUCAGUUUCUUAGGCUGCCAAAGUCCUUCGGGAGAAACUCCUCAAGGUACCCAGGCUGAGACUGGAGGUAAUGACAGUGUAAACUCUAGAUGGUGUGAGACCAGCCCAGAGCCAAAAAAUGGCCACAGCCUUGGAAUCGGAGGACCAGGAUCUUUGGGAAGAAGAGGGAAUUCUAAUGGUGAAAUUGGAAGAUGAUUUCACCUGUAGGCCAGAAUCUGUCUUGCAGAGGGAUGAGCCCGUGCUUGAGACCUCGCACCAAAACUUCCGGCGCUUUCGCUACCAGGAAGCAGCCAGUCCUCGGGAAGCUCUCGUCCGGCUCCGAGAACUGUGUCGCCAGUGGCUGAGGCCAGAGAGGAGAACAAAGGAGCAGAUCCUGGAGCUGCUUGUGCUGGAGCAGUUCCUGACUGUCCUGCCCGGAGACCUGCAGAGCUGGGUGCGGGGCCAGCGGCCAGAGAGCGGCGAGGAGGCAGUGACGCUGGUGGAGGGUUUGCAGAACCGGCCCAGGACACCAAGGCGGUGGGUGACUGUCCAUGUUCAUGGCCAGGAAGUCCUGUCAGAGGAGACAGUGCAUCCAGGAGCAGAGCCCGAGUCACCUAGUGAGCCACAGGACCCUGCGCAGACCCUGAGCCCUGAGCAGUCCUGUGAGGAGACCACACAGAGCCCAGCCCCGAGGGCACCAGCAGAGCAGAGCCUGUGCCGUGAACUGGAGCUGCAGCCCCUGCAGGAGAGCGAGGUGCCAGUGCCCCGGGACCCAGACCUUCCUGAGGAGAGGAACACCGGAAACCCAGAGAUGGUCGCUCUUCUUACUGCCCUGUCACAGGGAUUGGUAACUUUCAAGGAUGUGGCUGUGUGCUUCUCCCAGGACCAGUGGAGUGAUCUGGAUCCAACACAAAAAGAGUUCUAUGGAGAAUAUGUCUUGGAAGAAGACUGUGGAAUUGUGGUCUCCUUGUCAUUUCCAAUCCCUAGACUAGAUGAGCUUUCCCACAUUAGAGAAGAAGAGCCUUUGGUUCCUGGUAUCCUAGAGUCUCAAGAGCCAGAAAUCCUGAGUUUCACUUACACAGGAGAUAGGAGUGAAGAUGAAGAGUUUCUUGAGCAAGAAGAUCUGAAUUUGGAGGAUCUACACACCUCUGUUUUAGGAGAUCCAGAAAUCCACCAGACUCCAGACUGGGAAAUAGUGUUUGAGGAUGAUCCAGGUAGAAUUGAUGAAAGAAGAUUUGAUACAAAUAUUUCUCAAGUUAAUAGUUUAAUGAAUCUUCAGGAAACCACAACUAUCCACCCCCUAUUAGGGAGACCUCAUGGCUGUCCUGUAUGUGGAAAAAGUUUUACAUGUAACUCCCACCUUGUUAGACACCUGAGAACUCACACAGGAGAAAAACCCUAUAAAUGUAUGGAGUGUGGAAAAAGUUACACACGGAGCUCACAUCUUGCCAGGCACCAAAAGAUUCACAAAGUGGGGACUUCUUAUAAAUUACCCUUAAACCGGAAGAACUUGAAAGAGACCUCCCCUCUGGUCCCAGCUGAGAGGACUCCACCUGUUGAGAAGCCGUAUAGAUGUGAUGAUUGUGGGAAACACUUCCGCUGGACCUCAGACCUUGUUAGGCAUCAGAGGACACAUACAGGAGAAAAACCCUUCUUCUGUACUAUUUGUGGCAAAAGCUUCAGCCAGAAAUCUGUGCUAACAACACACCAAAGAAUCCACCUUGGAGGCAAACCCUACUUGUGUGGAGAGUGUGGAGAGGACUUCAGUGACCACAGGAGGUACCUGGCACACCAGAAGACACAUGCAGCUGAAGAGCUCUAUCUUUGUAGUGAGUGUGGGCGGUGCUUCAACCAUAGUGCUGCAUUUGCCAAGCAUCUGAGAGGACAUGCCUCAGUGAGACCCUGCCGAUGCAAUGAAUGUGGGAAAAGCUUCAGUCGUAGGGACCACCUCGUCAGGCAUCAAAGAACACACACUGGCGAGAAACCAUUCACGUGCCCUACCUGUGGAAAGAGCUUUAGCAGAGGCUAUCAUUUAAUCAGGCAUCAGAGGACCCAUUCAGGAAAGACCUCCUAGCUAGGAACCCAUGUUAGGAGAUGUGCAUUCAGCCCUGUCCCAAGGAUAGGCUAGGAGAAACCCUCUGCUCAUACUGGGGAGACCUUUUCCAGGGAGUCUCCUUGACUUGCCCAGAUUGAUAGAACUCUUCCCACAAUUAAGUAAAUCCCCCCCGGGCAGAGCGUCUCAGUUUUCUUCUUAAGGAGCAAUUUUGCCCAAAGUACCUGAGUUGAGGCUUCUCCUUGACUGGAGUGCUCCUGCCUCUACCUUGUGGGUAUGAGGUAGGACAAUUAGAAGUCUUAAAAGUUAUGGUUAUUGUAUUUUCCCAGAAAUCAGCUGUUAGAUAUCCUAAGGAUGACUCAACAGCCUCAAGUUUAAAGUUGCCCAGGACAACUCCUCAGGUGUGGUAAGGAACCAGCCUGUAGGGGCUCUGUCCUUACUGGGCUCAGAUCUUCAAGCACACAGCCCUGAACUCAAGGCCGGAUAUCUGCAUCCUGAUUGCUUUGCCACCCAUUUACGGGAUAACUGCACAUCUCACUGAUUCACUUCCUCACCAUGCGCUUUCCUCGAUACUGGGGAGGGUGGGGGAAGUGUUGAUGGGCAAAAACCUUAAAGCUGCUUCACGUGGACUUUGUCAGGGUGCUCCAGUCCCCAUUGUCAAAGUGAUGUCAGGCGCCAGACACUAAAAAGGAGGACCUAGUCAGAAGCCUCUUUCCUUGUAGGUCCCCCCUACCCCAUUACAAUACUCAUGCUGUUAGUCUUCCUACUGUUCUACUGGUCUCUUGGUUUUGUCCCUAGCACUUUUUCUACUACCAGUGGGAUGUGGCAUUUGGGUGCUAAGGGAUUUUAUAAAGUAUAAUUAAAUCAUGGAAACAUUUACAUUCCUACAUAUUUACAAGCCCACCCACCCCAUCCUCUUCACAAGGGUUUGUGAGAAUUUUGGAACAGUGUCAUUUUACAGGGGCACUAUAAUAAUUAAAGAAUCAUAAUUGACUGGGUCACACCACUUACAUGAAGAAAAUGAAAAGAUCUGAGAUCAGAUUAUGGAGAAAUUAAGAGAAAGCUGUUGCUGCUGGCAGAGGUUAUCAAGACUGCUCUGACACCUAGCCCCCAUCACCCCUACCCUGGUUCUCUGGGAUCAGGGAAAAUGAUGAACCCCAGCAGCUGGGACCCUGAAGGAUUGACCAGGCUUUCAUGUAUUUGCAUUGUUUGCUUUUUCUUAUGUGAUUUCAUUUUCAUGUAAUUAAGAUCUAAAUAGUAGUAUCUCAUGGCCCAAGGAUCUCUGUUGCCUGAUAAAGGUUCCAUGGAAUUGAGGCUGAGUAAUUAGGAACCUUACCUGCUUUGAUUGUGGGAGUGGCAAGGACUGGGGAGACUGUCCUCCAUAAAUGGAGCACAGGGUAUGGGAUUAAAGCAUGAGAAGGGAGCCUUCUGUGCCUGGUUUCUUCUGUUUUUCCAUCCAUGUGUGCCAGGGUACACCAGAAGAGUGUGGGUGGGAUAGAAGGCCCCAGCCCUGACAGCUCAACAAGAAAAUUCUCAUUCUGGUCAGUAAUAUUCCAAUUGACUGUUUUGGUUUUAAUACCAGUCAGCCAUUGUCCUUUGGAGAUGUAAACAUGAAACAAAUGAAAGGAACACUGGCAGCCAAGUUCCCUGGCAGGAAAGUUUCUGGAACUUUCCAUUUUAUCUAUUUGCUUUCCAGGGCUUAAGGUUCCUGGUUCUUCUGAACAUCAUUCAUACUCAAAAAGAGAGAAGGGAGUACACAGUAGUUUUCCAUGAGGAUAGAGAAGGCUUGGCAUGGUUAGCAAAGCCACGGGGGCUGUGCACACAGGCAAGGCCUGAACCUGGAGACUGUCCUGAUCGGCAGACAUCUUUGAACCAUACCUCCACACAAUUGAUUCCGGAUGAAAUGUCAGCCUCAGGUCAUUUCUACUGACUACCAUUGUAUGGAAGCUGAUAAAAU